CCAUCCUCCCUGCUUCUCUCCUUCAAGCAUCUUCAGCCCAUCUUCAGCCACUCUCUCCUUCUCGCCUUUUGGCCCGAGUCUUCAUCCUGUGCCGUGCACGGAUAGUCAUUCCUUUCUUCUUUCUCUGAAAGGCAUUAUCACAUUCUUUUUCUAGUCCUCGAGACUCAAGAGAACCGGUUUCUCACCAAUCCUUUUCUACCAAAAGAACAUCCAAAGACACCCAAAGAACAUCCAAGAUGGUCUCCUUCAAGUACCUUGCUACCGCUCUCAUGGCCACUGCCGCCAUUGCCGCCCCUCACGGCCACCGUCACUCCCACUCCGCAGUCACCAAGCGCCAGUCCUCCACUAAGCGCGGUGCUGCCUACAACGACGCUUCCACCGUCCAGUCCCUUGCCAACAGCGGCUCCGUAUCCUGGGCCUACGACUGGAACAUGUACACCAUGGGUGACCUUCCCUCCGACGUUGAGUUCGUCCCCAUGCUCUGGGGUAGCAAGAUGUUCACUGGUUGGUUCGCCGCCAUCCAGACCCUCCUCAACAGCGGCAACAGCUAUAUCCUCGGCUUCAACGAGCCUGACAUGGAAUCCCAAGCCGCUAUGUCGUCCUCCGAUGCCGCCAACUACUACCGCGAGUACAUCUCCCCGCUCAGCGGCCAGGCCAAGCUCGUCUCGCCCGCUGUUACCAACGGCGUUGGUGCUGACAAGGGCCUCGACUGGAUGCGCAACUUCCUCAACUCCUGCACGGAUUGCAAUGUCAAUGCCCUGGCGGUGCACUGGUACGGCGAAUCUGCCGACGAUUUCAAGACCUUCGUCCAACAGGCUACGGACCUUGCCGAUGAGUUCGGCCUGGCUGAGACUUGGGUUACCGAGUUUGCUCUCAACUCCGAUAUGUCUGGCUCUGGUGGCAGCGACCAGUCGACCGAGUUCUUGAGCGAUGUCCUCCCCUGGUUGGACCAGCAGGAGAAGGUUGCUCGCUACGCCUACUACAUGUGUGCCGACGGUUACUUGCUUAGUGGAAGUGAUCUGAGCAUCAGCGGCAAGGCUUACACUUCUUCAUGAUCGACUCACGUCAACUUCAUUUCACUUUCUGCCUUUCACUUCUCUUCACUUCAUUUCACUUCAUUUCUUCCCUUCUCUUUUACUAUUCUUCAACAACAUUUUUUUUACCAAUUUUUGUCCAUUUUCUUUACCCAUCUUUCAAAGUACCAUGGGUCCGUGGUUCGUUACCGGUGUUAGGUAGCGAAAAGCAGAAAGCCAAAGAAAAAAAACAGCAAUUGAAUCAAAAAAAAUAUAAAAAACCGUCUGCGACAAAAGGGACAAGACGCUAAACAAUAGCGCAACGCAGUUGAGUGUAGAGUCGUUGGAGACGAGAACAGGCCGUUAGAUUAUAGGGAGGGGUCAAAAUGUAGCAAAUGUAC